AUGGCAUGUAUAAUAAACAUUUUGACGACUUUAUACUUUUUUGGCGUGAUAAAUAGCGAAGAUAACAAUAAUGUGAUUAGAUUUAAAGUCGAUUCUCUUAAACCUAAUAAAGGUCAGCAUAGUUUAAAGGCUUUCAAUCAUUUGGUCACCAGCUAUUAUAAUGGGAUCCCGCUUAUAUUCGUGACCGGCAUUGAUGUAUUGUUAGCAUUAGAUGGAAGAGAUCUAAGCCUAUUGGACACAGUUGAUCUAAGUUUUAGCUCCCUAUGUAAAUAUUACCAAUAUGAGGAAUUUUGCUCAAAAAUUGGCGGCGUUAGCUCUUUUUUGAAAGACGAGCAACAUUCCACUCUGAUCUCAACAGCAAAAACAAACUAUGCGAAUUUUAAUAAGUUAUUAUUGAUCGAUAGACCAACCCAAGGUCUCAUAGUUUGUGGAACGUUUGGAGGAUUUUGUCAGAGUUUAUCUAUUAAUUUUGAAUUCUUGGCAGGCAAAGAUCAUCCAAAAGCGAAUAAAAAUGAUUUAAGAGCAUCUUUAAAUUUUACACAGUUAUCUACUACGCCUGUGAUCUCUGAAUAUAUACCAUCCUCCACGUUAGGGAUCAUCAUAAACAAACCUAUGAACACGAAGAUGUAUUCAAAUUAUGUGCACAAAGAAGAUGCGAUAUUAGCUCAAAACACAUUAAUGUAUGUGGGGGAAACGUAUCUCGGCGAUAAACAUAAAAUAUGGUCUGAAUUUCAGUCCUCUUCUAUCAGUUUAAGAUACCCUAACGUAAAAAAAUCAAAAAAUCAAGCCAAUUCUAUGUCAAGCAAUGGCUUUUUUUUAGCCAAUGAUGGUAUAAAAGGAGGUCAAAGCCGGUUACAAAUAUUAAAGGAUUUUAAUCACAUAUACAAAAUUUUGUUCCAGUACGCCUUUCAAGCGGAUUCCUUUGCCUAUUUCAUAAACGUUCAACCAGCCCUAGAUGUAACUAAUUAUCAUUCAUCGCCUGAACUCAGCAAACAAGGAUACCAUUCAAAAAUAUCUAGAGUGUGUUUAAACGACGAUUCCUUUCACACUUACGUCGAAUUGCCGUUAGAAUGCUAUAUUAAUAAUAAGGAAGUGCCGAAUCGAAGUUUUAGCAAUUCCAAAUUUCAAUUUGAAGAAUCAAAUAAUAAAAACGAUCAAUUUACUUUAUACCCACUUCUGAAAAGAGCCUUUUUUGGUAACCUGGGCGAUGACCUGAGUUUCUUAUCUAACGAAUACGGGAUUCAUAACUCGUAUAAUUAUAAUCGAUACCCAUAUAACGAUGACGCAAAGAGCAGGAUGUUUAAAAGAGACAAACGAGCUUUAAUUGGAAUAUUCGUGAAGGGCAAGGAUAGCAUAUCUAAUUCUAAUUAUAAUACGGGCACUUCAAAUUAUAUGCAUAGAAACUCCGAUAACGCCUUCAAACCUAACGAUGAGGGAAAUGGUUCGACAGAGGAUUAUGCUAUUUGCAUCUACCCCUUCACCGAAAUACAAAAUAUGUUCGCUCAAAACAUUCAGAUGUGCUACAAUGGUACCUUUCGAACUCGCGGGCUCAACCACAUUAACCCCGGAAACCCAAAAUGCAUCAUAUCUGAGACGAUAAUUGGAAACGACUUUUGCGACACGACCAAACCAAACCCAAGGUUAGAAGGUAGAGUGCCGUUGAAAAGCUUGGCCAUAUUUAAUCAAGUUCGAUCGAAUUACACGGUGACCGCACUUACGAUUGGCGUGUCGAAUACUUUUACAACAGCGUUCAUAGGGACAAAUAAUGGCUAUUUGAAAAAGAUAUUAUUGGAAGAAAACUCUAAGAUUUAUUCAAGUCAAAAAUUGGAUUCAAUAUCACUCAGCAUUAAAAAGGAUAUUUUCAUAGAUGUAAUCUCCCAGAAUAUUUAUGCUAUGACAAAACACAAAUUAUACAAAAUUAAAUUGGCGUCUUGCAAUGAAUACACAGAUUGCCUAGGUUGCAUGAGAUCUGGAGACCCCUAUUGCGGUUGGUGCACGCAUGACAACAAAUGUUCUUUGCAGUCAGAAUGCAUAACAACAUCGAUAUUUAACAAAUGGUUACCGUAUCGUUCCGAGCAAUGUAUAUAUUUCAAUGCGAUUAACCCUUCAAAGGCAGAACUAACUCAAAUGAUCAAGAUACAUCUCAACAUAUCCCAUUUACCUUCUUUGAUAACAUCCAAAUCAAAAUAUUAUUGCGUAUUUGACGAGUCUACAUCUAUCGAGGCUGUUAUACAGGAUUGGGGUCUAAUUUGUUCUUUGCCCGCAUUUGAUGAAAGGCCUAUCAUUGAUUCUUCAUUAGGUUUCACCCAGGUGCCUUUAAAAAUUUACUCUGAUCAUUUUAAAAAUAAAAUACUGGCUUCUCAAGUAUUUACAUUUUACGAUUGCAGUCAUUUGACGAGUUGCAAGGAAUGUACGUCCACCAAAUGGAAUUGUAAUUGGUGUCUUUACGAAAAUGCUUGCGUUUAUCAAAACCAACCUUGCAAGACAAAAAAUACUAAAGGUAAUAUACGAUCAUCCGAAAGAUGCCCAAAAUUUGAUUACAAUUUUAGUCCAAACAUUUUGAUCCCUCAUAAAAUCCCCACAGAAAUUACUAUCAAAGGCAAAAAUUUACCCAUAUCAUUGGGUGAAAAAAUCGAAUUUAGUUGUUUGAUAGAAUACAACAACCAAAGCGUGUACGUUAAGGCUCAUACCGAUAAGAACUUCAAUUAUAUUUACUGUAAAGCCAAACAAUAUUACUACGAGGAAGAUAGCCCGCAAAUGGAUGGUAUAUUAUCGGUGUUUUGGAAUGACCAUCAUCUUAUAGAUAGGGUUCAAAUAACGUUGUAUAAAUGCGAAAAUUUAGCCGAAGACUGUACUUUAUGUUCCAAUUUAGAUCCUAUAUAUAAAUGUAUAUGGUGUCCAACGGAAAAAAUAUCUAACCACUCCUCCGCUUUAGUCGAAAUUACCCCCCACGGAGGUAGAUUUACCAAAUCUUCCUGUUCACAUUCGCAUCAAUGUCACUUAAACCCAGCGUUUAAAAAUUUCGAGAAUAAUAAUUUACACCAUUCCAAGUGUCCUGCACCUUUAAUCAUAUCAGCGUAUCCCUUGUAUGGACCCAAAGAAGGUGGCACUCUUAUCACACUGCUAGGACACGAUCUUAUGAAAAACUAUGACCAAGAAAUAUCUAUCACUAUCGGCGAUAGUCCCUGUUUGAUUGAAAAUUUUGAAAUAUCCAGAAAGAUCAUAUGCCGAACAACUUCCAGUUCGAAAACAGGUUCGAAUCCUCUGAAACUGGGGAAUCAAUCACCUUCUGUCGCUAAAAUCAAUUUUGAUUACAUGGAUAUUGAUGUCUACUCUAUCACUCCUGAAAAAGGCCCCAUGUCUGGCGGAACAGUAAUUAAGAUUAUUGGCAAAAAUAUCGAUGUUGGCUCUCAGAGAAAAAUAUAUUUCGAUUAUAUACCUUGUCACAUAAUAAAGGAUGUUGAAGACUCAAAAAUUACUGAAAAUGGAAAUAAAGAGAUGAACGUUUUGCAUUGUUUAACUCAGCCCGUUUCCUCAGCCCCCUUAAAAAUAAAUUCACUAAAACUUGAGGUUGAUAGAUUCGAAAAAUCUAUAUCUAUAGAUUACGUUUUUAUGCCAGAUCCUGUCAUUAAUUCUAUAUAUCCAUUAGAAAGUUUUAUGAGCGGAGGAAGAAAAAUAUAUAUAAGUGGAAAUUCAUUGAACAUAGUUUCAAAUGCUUAUAUCUUUUUGGAUUUAAACAGAUUUAAUAUUGAAUAUAUGGCGAGAGUGAAAUGUAACAUAAUAAAUUCAACCAUCAUUAUUUGUUUAUCGCCUCCUUUACCUUAUUUGAUUACUUCCAAUUACACAAAUGAAAUAACCUUUGGUCUUAUUAUGGAUAAUGUCGUUUCUCUUAGAAAUAUAUCAUCAUAUUAUUCUCAUCUACCCUCAAAACUUACGUACUAUCCCGACCCAAAAUUUUACCCCUUUUCAGAACAUGAUAAUGUCAAAAUUUUUACUGGAGAAUCCAUUAUUAUUGAAGGUGCUAAUAUGAGAUGGUUAGACGAUAUAAAAGUGAUGAUUGGAUUUGAAUCUUGCCCAAUUACGCUCAUUUCAGACUCACGUAUAGUUUGCGUGCCACCUCCAAAAGAAGCUUUGAUAUUUCAACCCUAUUUAGAAAGUCAGGAAUCAUCUGGGAAGGAUAUGAAAUUUAAUGAAAGACUCAUGAUCCAAAAUGAAAAAGUUCUCCCCGUUUGGCUCACAUUUGGCGAUAUUAAGGUCGAUAUAGGUUACAUAAAAUAUCUGCCACUUAACUCCCCCAUAAUAGCCAGAAUAUCAAAUAAACCACCCAAGUCAAUGCUGGUAUUUAUAACAAUCGCUGGAUUGUUCUUAUUUGCCAUAAGUCUCGUAAUAUUUUUCGUUUUUAAUCGGCGUAGUAGAUUGGCCGAAAAGGAAUACAAACGAAUUCAAAUUCAAAUGGAAACUCUUGAAAGCAAUGUCAGAUCGGAAUGCAAACAAGCUUUUGCAGAAUUGCAGACCGAUAUGAGUGAUGUCAGUAAUGAUAUAAUCCUCUCCGGAAUCCCAUUCUUUGAUCGAAAAACUUACAUUUCAAAAAUAUUUUUUUCCGAGAUGAAUCAUUACGAAAGAAAUAUACUCUUUGGAAGCCACCCAAAAGAGGAAAUUAAACGGAAUCCUUAUCAAAUGUGCACCAACCUUCUCGAUCAACAUUUAUCGUACGGCCAACAAAACUUCAGUAACGGACAAGGAAAUGUAAAUGGCAUGGAUAAUUUUAAUGGCAAAAAGAAUAAUUUCGCCACUAUAAGCAAAAACUUUCAUUCGAAUAGCUCCUCAAAUAAAACCCCUUUGUUGAUAGACUUGAGUUCGUCCUCGAUAUCUUCCAAAGAUGCGUCAAUUUCUUCAGAUAUAACAGUGAUGUUGGACGAAAAAAGUAACAACAAUAUCAAUGAUUAUUGCGAUAAAAAAGAUUCAACCAAUAACAUAUUCAAUGUUGAUCACUUUAAAUCCUCCCUAGAUAAAGAGGCUAUAUACCCUAACAAUCAGAAUAUCGCAUUUAAAACAUAUAUUCCGAGUUUUGACAUAACCUCCAUGAACCUCUUUCAAAAUAGUUCAGCAAUGAAGUCUGAUAAUAACAAGAAUUUAAUCUCGUUUGGGUCGGAUGGAUUGAGAAAUAUAGCAAUCUUUGGAGAAGAUCAUAACAGUGAUGCAUAUAUGAAUCCGUUAGCUAUGUCUAAAUUUAAAGACCUUUUGUUCAACAAAACCUUUUUAUCAAAUUUUAUAACCAUUUUGGAAUCUCAACCCAAUUUUACAGUCAAAGAUAAAACGCGACUUGCCUCAUUAUUGAGUACUUUGUUUCUAGAAAACACGGAAUACAACGUUGAGAUACUAAUGACUUUAUUAGACAAACUUAUCCAGAGCAAUGUCCAGAGUCACUACAACCCUCCGCAUUUAUUCCUGCGGCGAACAGAAUCCGUAGUCGAAAAAAUGUUAACCAAUUGUCUUUCGUUAUACAUGUACGAUUAUCUCAAAGAAAACGUGGGUAGUCCGUUUUUUUAUCUCUACAAAGCAUUGAAAUAUCAAAUAGAUAAAGGACCCGUUGAUGCUAUAACUUACGAUGCUCGUUAUUCCUUGUCUGAAGAUCGAUUAUUAGUUGAUAAAGUGGAUUAUAAAACAUUGAAUAUAUACGUGGUUUAUGGCGAAGAUAAAAAUUCUCAGACUUCCUCUUGCAAAGUUAACGAUUGCGACACCAUUAGCCAAGUCAAAAACAAAUUGUUAGAGACGUUAUAUAAGAACACCCCUUAUUCGUACAGACCUUAUGCAGAGGAUUUAGAUUUAAUAUGGAAACACGGAAAAUAUGGUCCGUUUAUUAUGAAGGAUGAAGACAAUACAUCAUUAGUAGACGAGUACAACAAAAAUAGGGUGCGUCUAAAUACCUUGCAACAUUACAGAGUCAAUGAGGGAACGACCCUUAUACUUGCACCCAUUCAAAUAAAUCCUUAUGAAAGUAUAGCGUCAAAAAUUCCUUUUGAUUCUCCGAAUCCCAAAAUCCUUCAAUAUAAUCAAUAUACUAUGGAACAAGGUGGAAAUCAUUAUGAUCAUCUCCAGACAUCGUCCAAAGCGACUUAUUUUAAUACGAUGAAUAAUAAAUCCCAACUAAUCAAUCAUUAUGGCGGCCUGACACUUCAUAAAAAAUAUCAAACAAAUAGCCAUAACGAUAAAAAAUUUAGUAAAAAUAUUGCACCCACCUAUUGGCAUUUGAUAAAUCACCGCGAAAAUUUAAAUGAAAAAGGCUCGUCGAAUAAUACAACAAAUAAUAUAAUAUCGGAAAUAUUUCUGACUAGAUUACUAUCCACUAAAGGAACAAUUCAAAAAUUUGUAGAUGAUUUUUUCAAAGUUGUACUUUCAACUAACACUCAAUUACCUUGCUUUGUAAAAUACUUAUUCGACUAUUUGGAUUUUCAAGCCGAGAGGCUGAAUAUCGCGGAUCCAGCAGUUGUACACUCCUGGAAAAAUAACUGCCUGCCUUUAAGAUUUUGGGUAAACAUCAUAAAAAAUCCAGAUUUCAUAUUCGACGUUAACAAAACACACACCAUAGAUUCUAGUCUUUCGGUAUUAGCUCAAACAUUCAUGGACUCAUGUUCCACGUCCGAAUUAAGAUUGGGAAAGGAUUCACCAUCCAACAAGCUAUUAUACGCCAAAGAAAUUCCGAAUUAUCGGAAAUAUUUACAAAAAUUUUAUGCUGAUAUCAAAGCAAUGCGUACUGUUAAAGAUAGCGAGUUGAGGGAAUCAAUGUCUGAUAUAUCUAAGAAACAUAAUUGGAAUAUAAACUAUCCCGUAGUCAUAUAUCAAAUUAUUCAAUACGCAUUAAUGUACAAAAUCGAGAUUUUAGAGGGCCUAGAACUAAAUUUUGCUUGCAAGAGAAGUGACAUGAGCAAAAUAUUUUUAGAGAUAACUAACCAAUCUAAUUUUGGGUCGAGCAAAUUGAUAAACACUUCCAAAAUCCUAACAAAUAAUAUUGGCUUCUAUGAUACUAUCGACAAAUUCAGUGUCAAGAACAAAAACGGGUAUACAUUACUUCCUUCUGUCUCGUCUAACCUCAAUACUAACCUAAUAGAAUAUCAAAAUUCCUUUUCACGUGUAUGACUAUGAAGUUUAUCGUCUACCAAGCAAAUAAAUAGAUUAUUUUCAAAAUCGAAAAAUAAAUUAAUAUAUAAUUUUUAAUAUAAA